AUUUUGUCUUCUAAAAUGUUAUCCUCUUUCUGACUCAUCCAAAUUAAGCCACCACCUUCUUGCUACUCUGAUACUGAAAAAAUAAUACAUACUUAGAGAGAGAGAGAAGAAGAAGAAGGUAGAGAGUGAAAGAGAGGAGUGGCCAUGGCUACCUGUAACAUGGCUUCAGCUGCAGCUGGGCUUGUGCUCACAUCCACUGCUUUGACAUCAAGUUCUUCUACUAGAACUAGUAUAAGCUUCUCUGUUAAGAACAAUAACAUUAGUUCAAGAAGGCUUGUGGUCCGCGCUUGCGAGGAAGUGGCACCACCGCCGGCUGCAACCACCACGGAGGCACCGCCCAAGGCCGCGGAGGCGCCUCCCAAGGCUGCUCCUAAGCCACCACCAAUUGGGCCCAAAAGGGGCACUAAGGUGAGAAUUCUAAGGAAGGAAUCUUACUGGUACAAAGGCAUUGGAUCUGUUGUUGCAGUUGAUCAGGACCCCAAGACUCGGUAUCCAGUUGUGGUUCGAUUCAACAAAGUCAACUAUGCCAAUGUAUCCACUAACAACUAUGCAUUUGACGAGAUUGAAGAAGUUGAGUGAGCUAAAGUUUUAAGUGACCAUUUUGUGUGAAACCUUAUUCUGUAUAAUAUAUACUUUAUUCGUAUC